CACCCACCCCAAACCCCACCAUCUAGUGAACUCGAUUUGCAAACAGUUCACUUUCUUAAAUUCUCUCCUUAUAUUUCUCAUUCCACCUCCCGACUGUAUUGCCCUGGCACGCUACGGUAGUUUCGGCAUUUUUUACGGACUCCGAAAGCAGCUCUGUUUCUCCUUCCACAUCCCCUCUUUGCAUCAACAAGGUGUCUAAAGGAUGCAGCCAAAGGCACCAAACAGGGAGGACCUUGGUCAAACAUGGAGCUAUCUCGAGGCGGGUGUCGAGAAGAUUAUGAAGAAUCUCCAGACAGGUGUUGAUAUGACUACAUACAUGGGCGUCUAUACUGCGGUUCACAACUUCUGCACAUCCCAAAAGGCAGUGAACUCUAGUCCCCAAGCGCUGCAUAAUUCGGGUGCCGUUCAUCGAGGUGGCGCUGUAGCUCACCUACUUGGAGAGGAUCUAUACAAAAACCUUAUAGGCUACCUAAGCAAGCACCUCACCGCUCUGAAGGAUGAGGCAUCUGGCCAUGCGGACGAGGCCCUCCUCGCUUUAUACAUUCGUGAUUGGGAUCGGUAUACCACUGCUGCGAAAUACAUCAACCACUUAUUCCGAUACCUCAAUCGACAUUGGGUGAAGCGUGAAAUGGAUGAAGGCAAGAAAAACAUUUACGAUGUUUAUACGCUCCAUCUUGUACGUUGGAGAGUUGAUCUCUUCGAUCAUGUCCAAAAAUACGUCAUGGAUGGUGUUUUGAAGCUCGUUGAGAAACAGCGAAAUGGCGAGACCAUCGAAACCGCUAUGGUCAAAAGCAUAGUAGAUUCCUUUGUUUCUCUGGGGCUCGAUGAAAGCGAUUCUUCAAAGUCGACCCUGGAUGUCUAUCGUCAAUUCUUUGAAAAGCCCUUCCUGGAGGCUACUACCGCCUAUUACCAAAUGGAAUCCAAACAGUUUGUGGCCGAAAAUAGUGUGGUAGAGUACAUGAAAAAAGCCGAGACAAGGUUAGCUGAAGAGGAAGGGCGUGUGCAAAUGUAUCUCCACCCCGAUAUCUAUGGGCCAUUGAUGAAGACUUGCCAGAAAGUCCUCAUUCAGGAACAUGCCCCCCUUCUGCGGGAGGAAUUUCAGGUGUUGCUAGACAAUGAUCGUCAGAGCGAUUUGCAGAGGAUGUAUAACCUUCUUUCUCGUAUACCGGAUGGACUUGAGCCUCUUCGUACGAAAUUUGAAGCGCACGUUAGGAGAGCUGGAACUUCUGCUGUUGAUAAGAUUGCCGAUGAGGGGGGGGACAAUCUUGAUCCAAAAGUCUAUGUCGAUGCUUUAUUGGAAGUUCAUACGCAGUACCAGAACCUUGUGAAUGUUGCAUUCAAAGGGGAGGCAGAGUUUGUCCGCUCCUUGGAUAACGCCUGUCGCGAGUUUGUCAACAGAAACAAAGUAUGCAAGUCGGCAUCUACAAAAUCCCCCGAGCUUCUUGCAAAGUAUGCAGAUUCACUUUUGCGCAAGAGCGCCAAGAGCGCCGAAGAAUCGGACCUUGAGAACAAGCUCACGGCUAUCAUGACAGUCUUCAAAUAUGUUGAAGACAAGGAUGUUUUUCAGAAAUUCUACUCUAAAAUGCUGGCGAAGAGGCUGGUGAACUUUACUUCGGCCUCCGAUGAUGCGGAGACAAGCAUGAUUGGAAAGCUCAAGGAGGCCUGCGGCUUUGAAUACACCAACAAACUCCAACGCAUGUUCCAGGAUAUGCAGAUCUCUAAGGAUCUCAAUGACAACUAUAAGGCGUGGUUAGAAGGAAAGGGAGAGAGUGCGUCUAAUGGUGUUGACUUCAGCUGCCAAGUUCUCGGAACAUCUUUUUGGCCUCUGAACCCUCCCACAACCCCAUUCAAUAUCCCUGAAGUUAUAGUUCAAACCUACACUCGAUUCGUUGAGUUCUAUAACGGGAAGCAUAAUGGCCGUAAAUUGACUUGGCUAUGGCAUCUUUGCAAAGGGGAACUAAAAGCCAGUUAUUGCAAAGCAACCAAGACCCCAUAUACUUUCCAGGUCUCGACAUACCAGAUGGCCAUGCUCUUAUUGUUUAACGAUGCGACAAAGAUUUCCUAUGAGGAAUUUGAAAAAUCUACUGGGUUGUCGAAGGAGUAUAUGGAGCCGGCGUUGGCGGUCUUCUUGAAAGCCAAGGUAUUGACCAUAUCGCCUCCUGGUUCAAAAAUUGGGCCAGGCACUCAAUACUCCCUCAAUUUCGAUUUUAAAUCUAAGAAGAUUCGUGUGAAUCUCAAUAUGGCUGUCAGGGCAGAACAGAAGCAGGAGGUUGAGGAGACUCAUAAAACCAUUGAGGAGGACCGUAAGCUCCUGAUGCAGUCCGCGAUCGUUCGCAUCAUGAAGGCCCGCAAGGUACUCAAACAUGUUGUAUUGGUGCAGGAGACCAUUGGGCAAAUUAAGUCCCGUUUUACACCCAAGAUUCCCGAUAUCAAAAAGUGCAUUGAUAUCUUGUUAGAGAAGGAGUACCUUGAGCGCUUGGAUGGGGAACGUCUAGGUUACUUGGCCUAAGGAAUUGUUGCGACGACAUAAUGACUGCUAACGACAUCUAAUUUUACCGGGACUAAAUUGUCUUCUUAUAACUAGCUACAGAUCGGUAUCCACCAUUGCAGAUAGGUUGGUAUGUGGUCUGUGGUAGUAAACCAGUGUAUGUUGGAGGAUGGGUUUUGUCCUUAGUUUUUUGCCGUCUUGCUUCUCUAAACAAAUUUCCUAAAUCUCCGUUUUUAACUUUUCUUUCUCUUGGGCUUGCAUGGUAUGUAUCUUUAGGUCUUUUAAGAUACCGGUACGGGUCCAUUGGUUCAUGGUUGGAUAGCUAUACCAGUGUGGAGAAGCCGUUGUCCUGUUCCUAGGGCAACUUUUUUUACAAUACAUAGAACCGAAGCUCAAAUUUCUUAGUUUGAUAUUCAGUGCUAAAAAUAUCGCAUUAUGGCAGCAAA